UCAAGAGGUCAGCAUUGCAAGGGUUUUUCUCUAAGAACACGCCACGCUAACUGAAACAAAGCAUGUGGUUUUCCCGGGUACUGCUGUUUGUUCAGCUGGCUAUAGUGCUUCUGUCCGAUAUUCAAUGGACACUAAGUGGUGAUGCCAGGUCGACGCAUUCUGUGGAAGAGCUCCUCAGCCACAUUCACGGACAUGGUUACUCCGCCAUGUUGUGCGCCGCCAUCUUGAAGUAUGACUGCAGUCAACACAAAGUCACAGGGCAUGAGACAAUAUGUGGCAUGGACCAAGUCACCUACCCCGACCACUGCGUGUUUGCCAAAGCUAGAUGUCAGCCAUCUUCCGCCAUGCUGUUCAAUCACAAAGGACCGUGUCACGUCACGUCAUCUCCAGCCAAUCACAUGACCACCAUUCCUCCAAGCACCGUCACGUGGGGCCAUGACCCAGGAUAUGACCUGAUCAAAGACGUUUUCUGUACCAACAUCGAUACCAUCAUCUGUGGGAAUCACGUAGACUCCGAUCUCUGUGCCACGGACGGGAAGGUGUACACGAACCAGUGCAUCUUUGCCAAAGUGAAAUGUUUCAAGCCCGACCUGGAGCCGACCAACCCCGCGAAGUGUCACGAGAACGGCCUCCCCUUGAAGUCAACACCAAAGUCUAUUCUGAUUGGAUAAAUUCACGUCCAAUGUGACGAAAUGCAUGUUUCAAGUACCAUAUGAUGGACCUGUAUUUCAGCAAUGCUGACACUGAUUCCUGUACUGUAAAUAUGCUUAUGAUAUUAAAAACAAGUAAUACGAAUCAAAA